UGACUAUUCUCAUACAUUCUCUUCUUUGAUCACUCCGUUUCACAUUCAUCGACAUCAAGCUACUCUCACUUGUCCCAAGCUACUCGUCUAAAAGCCGUCAACUCGUUCGAAAGCAAGACGAAUAUUCAUUGAUCAGUCGUCGAUUGGCCGAUCCUUCCCAGCUUUCGCUGCACCCUUCUCGGUGAUAUCGUAAUCCAACAGCUGUCAGCUUAUCACACCAUGCCAAACUCUCAUUCCGCUCCUCCUGUCCUCUACACCUUCCCCAACUCUGAACAUCUCAUGAGUUCUUUGGCCAACUUUAUACUCAAAGCUCAAUCCGAAGCCAUCGCUAAACGUGGUUCAUUCACCAUAGCCCUCUCCGGUGGUUCACUCCCCGAACAUCUCGUUUCUCUGGUGAAUCUUCAAGGUGUACAUUGGGAGAAAUGGCAAAUUUUCUUUUCGGAUGAACGUCUCGUCCCAUUAGAUCACCCAGAUUCGAAUUACGCAGCAUGUGCCAAAGCUUUCCUAGACCACGUGCCUAUCAACCGCGAACAAAUUCAUACCAUCAACACGGACCUUUUUACCGAGGCAACCAUCAAGGAUCCCACACGGGAGGAUGGGGAUGAAGAUGAGGCGGUGGAAAUUGCAGACGAUUAUGAGAAACAACUGGUUAGUAUAUUUGCGGGUGCGAAUUCGGCUAGAUAUCCCACGUUCGAUCUGAUUUUAUUGGGUAUGGGACCCGAUGGACAUACUUGUAGUUUAUUCCCUGGACAUGAGUUAUUGAAUGAGUCGAACAGAUGGGUUGCGGAAAUAGAGGAUAGUCCGAAACCCCCCAAGCGAAGGAUUACAUUUACCUACCCCGUUCUUAACCACGCCGUUCGAUGUGCCUUUGUCGUAAAAGGCGGGGAAAACAAACAAGACACAUUAGCGACUAUCCUUGAUCGACCAGAGGAGGGUCUCCCAUGUUCUAGAGUUCGACCAGCAUCUCCCGGCCUCGUAUUCUGGUUCGUAAACGAAAUAGCCGCCGUAAAGGUCAAAUUUCCCAAAACAGCCUACAAAUGGCUGGACGACGAUAAGCCGGGUAACGACCCCAUAGCUUUAGAACGUGAGAAGCUUAAGAAAGAGAUGGAUGAAGCUGUGAAGGAGGAUUGAGGUGUGGUAUAUCUGUGAAGAACAAUCUAGGAGAGAUAUCAGAUUAUUUGUGAAGUAAUGGCAGAGUGACAUUGUGAUAGAGAUGACCAAAACAUGCAUAUAGAAGUCGUGUUAG